AAAACCAAAGAAGAAGACGGGUUGUUUUUGGUUCAAAUCCACAAGCGGGACAACAAAGCUCUGUAAAAGUGAAUAAAGAUGGAGUUUCAUGGCAGUCUUUUAAUCGCCCGUGCAGAUGAGAUGUGUGCAGAAGACGGACACACACAUAGGAUGACUCUCCACUGUCUGCAGUGCAACACCGUGCUGGGGGACUCCCUCAGUGUGUGUGGGGAGUGUGUGGACUCGAUCGUGUGUUUGAGAGUGACCGAUGACGUGGUGGUCAGUGAUGCCAUGAAGUCAGGACAUAAAGGGAAAAUGGCGAGGUGCAUCUCCAGCUCUCUGAAAUGCCGAGGCUGCGGCUCCGCUGUGGGUUCAGUGAUCCACUCCGCUCCCCCCUCUCUCGCUGCUGUUCGCUCCAUGUUCCUGCUCCAAAAAAAGAACAUCAGCUGUUACAUCCUGAAUCGCCGCUCGAUGGUGAAAGCCUCCACUCUUACAUUCGACAUGAAGCCCCUCAGAGAGAGCAUGAAUGAGACGCAGCAGCUGUUUGAAGCGCAGUUGGAUCAGAUCUCAAACAUUAAGAGCAGACUGGCCGACAGGAGUGUUUCUGUCAGCUAGAGGUCGCAGGCUGGGGUUCAUGUUUGCUUUUCAAUCUGUUCUCCGAUAUCUUCCCCUCAGCCUUGCUCACUCAUUUAAUGAAUCUCUGCAGAUCAUAGAUUGUGUAUGCUGCAGAUGCAUUGUGGGUAUUGUAGUUCAACAAUCACACAUUCCUUCUGUCUGAUAUUUUAAUCUCUUUUAAUCUGUUUGGGACUGCACAUACAAUACAUAUAUGCAUUUGCAUCGAAGAUUUCAUUAAUUGUAUAUCAUCCUAGAUUGUGUACAUGCUUUUUCCUAUUUCACAAAUGUUCACUUUCUUUCAAAUCUACUUGUUCCGAUGUGUGCUAUAGAUAGCAUCUGUCUUAUGUUUGUCUGUAUCUUUGUUGUAUGUUCUGUUCUGUAAAUAAAGGUAAUAAAAACACCA